AUGGCGUUCAAAAAGCGGCGCAUCUUCGAUUUGCGGCAGGUUCAGGCCCAACAAUUGGCCACCACAACCGCAAGUCGCAGAAAGAGUAAUCUUCACCAUAGUCACCCACAAAAUCCCAGCCAUCCUAAACAUCGUUUUCACCAAAUCGGAGAAUGGUUCACCGAGAAUAUGCGGAACUACUGCCAGACAACUUCGCUCCAUGGAUUCGCUUACAUCACCAAACAGGAAAUAAGUCGCAGGGAGAGAUGGUUCUGGCUGGUGGUUGUAAUCCUGGCCAUCAUCACCUCGAUUGUGUUGGUCGUGGUGUCCUGGUAUUGGAGUCAGGAAACCCCAACGGUUACUGUCAUCGAGAGUUCCCACUUUCCCACUUGGAACAUUCCUUUCCCGGCUGUUACCAUCUGCAAUUUCAACAAAAUAUCAAAAGCCAAGGCACUCACAUUACUGGAUCAAAUGCGACUUCCAGUUGGUGUUAACCAAACCGAGCUGCACAACCUCUUCAACCUCACACUUUUACCAGUGGACAGCCUAAUUAGCAAUACUUCACUGCAGAUAUACGAUAGGAUUUUAACGCUUAAUAAUGUAACUCUCUAUGGACUUUCUCAACAAUUAUCACCCGAUUGCAUCGAUAUGAUAUCCAGCUGCAUUUGGAAGGGCAUAAAUACGCGAUGUGACAGUCUUUUUCAACGAAUUGAAACCAUGGAAGGGCAGUGCUGCACUUUUAAUUACUUUGGGGGUGUCAAAAAUAAUUUCCCAGAAAAAAUCGCAUAUCAAGUCCCCAAGCGACCUUAUCGAGUUACUGGCUGUGGAUAUCCCACGGGUCUCUCGGUGCUACUGAAUCCAAUGGUAACCGACUACUACGGAACCUUCUUCAGCGGCUAUGGCUUUCGACUUCUCCUCCACGAUGCCUACAACUUUCCGGAUGAGAAUUCGGAGACAAAGGUAGUCACCGCCACGCGGGAAAGUUUCGUGCGAAUAAAUCCGGAGUCCACCUAUGCCACCAACGAUAUUCGGAAGAUGGAUAUUUCCCUGAGGAACUGUCUUUUCGGAAGUGAGAGGUCUAUGCAUGGUCUGAGGAGAUACUCCUUUAAUAAUUGCAUGUUUGAGUGUCGGGUUCGAAUGGCCGUAGAUCUAUGUGGUUGCAUUCCACCGUAUGUUUAUAACAACGGAAGUUACAAAGUUUGUGGUGUCUUGGAAACAAACUGCAUGAUUCGCAGCAAAAGACUCUUCUCCCAUGCCCUGGCUAACUUGAAUUUCUCGCUUUCGAUUGUUCGGGAGACUGAUAGCUUUCCCUGCGGUUGUCUUCCCGAUUGCCAAUCAAAUCAUUAUGUUUCCGAAAGUACGACGGGCAGAUUGGACAUGAGCUACUUUGCCAACCGACCAACGUUUAGCAAUGCAACGGACAGGAUUCUACUGCAUGUAUUCUUCAGCGAUUUGAUGAGCACCAGAUAUCGCACGGAUAUCUUUCAAAAUUGGCUGUCCGCCUUGGCUUCUUUUGGAGGAUUGCUUGGCUUAAUUAUGGGAUUCUCCAUAGUGACGGCCUUUGAGUUCAUCUACUUCCUCACGUUUAGACCAAUUUUCAACUACAUUAACAGGGACUAA